GGAAACGUUUCAUUCAAGUGCCGUCGCGGACUCACGUAAACACCGUCAAUUUGGAAAUAAAAUUCAAUUAUUUUCCCUUUAAACAAUUUUAACGCUUAAAAUCUGAAUCGGAUCUGUGAGAAAGUUUGAUUAGAGGCGUAUUGUUUGUUGUUGUUUUUUAAACUGCGGAGACCUUCGACCAUUUUAAAGAUGAGUGGUGAGCCAAAUGCAAACAAGGAGUUUUUGGAGCAGCUGCAAAUGCAGGAGCUGUAUGGACGGAGAAGUGAAGACGGCUCAGAUCUCAUCACUUACACCGACCCAGCAGAUGGAACAGUGUAUGACUGGGACCCUGAAAAGAAAGCCUGGUUCCCUAAAAUAACAGAAGACUUCAUGGCAGCCUACCAGGCCAACUAUGGCUUCAGCCAAGAAGGAGAUCCAGAUGAAAAUAAAGCAGCACUAAGCAGCUCUGACCCAGCACCUCCUGAACCAAACAACAAGACACUAGAGAAAGAGAAACCAGUAGAUCCCCUCCCUAAUCCAGUCCCAGAACAGCAAGAGACCUCUGCAAAAGAAGCCAAGCAGAAAGGGGAGAAGAGGAAACCAGAGCCAGGAUGGUUUGAUAUUGACGAGCAGAAAAACACAAACGUCUACGUGUCAGGUCUGCCUCUUGACAUCACACCUGACGAGUUUGUCGAGCUGAUGUCCAAGUGUGGCAUUGUGAUGAGGGACCCCAUUUCUGAUGAGUACAAGGUGAAACUCUACAAGGACAAAGAUGGAAAUCUGAAGGGAGACGGCCUCUGCUGUUAUCUCAAGAAAGAAUCUGUGGCGCUGGCUGCACGUUUGAUCGACGAGUCGGAAGUUCGAGGAUAUAAACUCCACGUGGAAGCAGCACGAUUCGAGCUCAAGGGCCAGUAUGAUGCCAGCAAGAAGAGGAAGAAAAGCAAAGAUUACAGGAAGAAGAUGCAGCAGCAGCAGAAACAGCUCGACUGGAGGCCUGAAAAGAAAGGAGACGUUCGGAAGAGGCAUGAAAAAGUUGUCAUCAUCAGGAACAUGUUCCAUCCCAGUGACUUCGAGGAAGACCCGCUGGUGCUGAACGAGUACCGUGAAGACCUGCGGACAGAGUGUGAGAAGUUUGGUGAAGUUAAGAAGGUCAUCCUCUUUGAUAGACACCCCGACGGCGUCGCAUCAAUCGCAUUUAAGGAGCCCGAGGAAGCUGACGCUUGCGUGCUUUCGUUUAAUGGGCGCUGGUUUGGAGGAAGGCAGCUGACUGCACAGCACUGGGACGGAACAACAGACUAUCAGGUGGAAGAGACGACACGUGAGCGAGAGGAGCGGCUCAAAGGUUGGUCAACUUUCUUGGAAAAAGGCAACCAGGAAGCGCAGAAAAACGCCACAAACCAACCAACGGAGAGCAGCGCGGUCACAGAACCCAGCGAGUCCAGCAGCGCUGCAGAACCUGAGCCGCAGCCACAAACAGAACCACAACCCUCUGAGGAGCAUGAACAGGAAGUGGACUCUACUGACAGCAGCCUAGCAGGAAGUGAUAAUGAGGACGCCUAGACUGAGGACAGUCCUGCUUUAAAGUGGAGACGCAAACGUCCCCGUUAAAGGCGUGAAGUUACAUUUGGACAGUUUAAGCUGUUUUCAGAUGUAGAACAAAUUAAAUACCGUAUUUUUCGAACUAUAAUGUGCAUUAAGUGAAACAAAA